CUAUGAGAGGGGUCGAUUUCAAGUGGUAUGAUGGGUUUUUCUUGUCAAUGCUGGCUACGAGUGUAAUUAUAGUGGGGGUUAAUUGGAAGAGGUAUCAUUCUUGUAUAUACCCCUUGCACAUAUGGAUUGUGGUUGACUACAUGACUGUGUUUAUCUUUCGGCUCUUGAUGUUUGUGGAUAAUGGCCUUGCUGCUGGAAUGGGUUUGGAUUUUGGCUGGCAGCAGAGACAGGCCCGCUUUUGUGGGAGAAUAGUUGUCCUUACCAUCAUAGCUCUGCUACUUUAUCCCUUUCUUUGGGUUUGGACCAUAAUUGGUUCUCUAUGGUUCAAUAAUGCAAGAAAUUGUCUUCCCGAAGAAGGCCAGAAAUGGGGUUUUCUGAUUUGGUUGCUUUUCAGCUAUUGUGGGCUUGUCUGUAUAGCUUGCCUAUGUACAGGGAAGUUCUUGGCAAGAAGACAAGCACACUUGUUACGUGAUCAACAUGGUCCAUCUUUUUCAGAAUUUGGGGUGUUGGUUGACAUGAUUCGGGUGCCAGAAUGGGCAUUUGAUGUUGGUCAAGAAAUGAGGGGGAUGGGCCAAGAUGCUACUGCAUAUCAUCCUGGACUUUACUUGACUCCAGCUCAGAGAGAAGCAGUGGAGGCACUUAUACAGGAACUUCCUAAGUUCAGGAUGAAGGCUGUCCCGACUGACUGCAGCGAAUGCCCCAUCUGUUUGGAAGAGUUUCAUGUUGGAAAUGAGGUCCGGGGUCUACCUUGUGCUCACAACUUCCAUGUGGAGUGCAUCGAUGAAUGGCUCCGCCUGAAUGUAAAAUGCCCAAGAUGCCGCUGUUCGGUUUUCCCAAAUCUAGAUCUUAGUGCUUUGUCCGACAUCCAGCCCGAACCGGAGAGGCCAUCUUCAGCAAACAGUUAUGCUCGAACACAAGCAGCACCUUCAACCCACAUACUGAGAUUGCUCCAUCCAGUCAGCUCUGGACAUCCUGAGUCUUCACCACCUGCUACUGAACAUUCUGGGUCUGUAGAAGUGUAGGUAGUCGCAGCAGAACGUGUUUCGCCUAGGCAAUGACCGCUUCCAGUAUAUUCUAACUACACACUGGCUUUGAGGGGAUACCUUUUUUUUGCCUGUUAUAGCCUUCUUUGACGGCUUCUACUGCUAAUUGUUCAUAGUAAAUUUAGACUUGCGUGGACUGGAAUAAUACCCUCACAACUCAAAAUCAUGUUUCCUUUGGAAUGAUGUAAUGAAGAGUGGAUUUUGUUUGAACAUGGGAAACAGCCAAACUGAAAAUGCAGUGUGAAAAUUUCUUGUUUUGGUGUUGACGUGCACGUUAACUUCAAAUGGGGAAUCAACCAUCAAAUAUUACUUCUUCAGUAAUAACAGUUCAAACGAGGGUUGAAACUGCUUGUGCUGUUUUUCUGUGUACAAUAAAUUGUGUCAAGCCGGAGCUUUUGAAUUAAUCCCCCUGGAAUAGAGGAUCAGUCAAGACUUGUGAGUGUUUCGAUGACUUCAUGUUGUAAAUUAGUUUUUUUGUGUGUAAAUUACCAAAAGGUGAAAUUAAUACACCACUAAUUCCCACCUUAUGCAAUUUUACUAAGACAGUCUAUACUUGAAACUUUACAUUGCUGAUUGCAUCUUGUUAUCC